CGCAACUCGGUGCUCACGGUCUACGCGGCAGCGUAGUGUUACGGUACGGGAAAGGUUCUCCAGGGUACCACGGGGUCUUACACCCCACCCUUUCACCGCGUUCACCGCCACCUGUACAGGUCGACCGGGACUGGAGAAUGGGACCAGGACCGCCGCGCUGGUUCUCCAAGUUGAAAAGGAAUGGUAGUGAGAGUCCGAGAAGUCCACAGCGGUAGCGGGGGAGGAAAGGGUUUCACGAGCGGCUGUCGCGAUGAUCGAGUACGCUCGCUCGCUCGCUCGCUCGCUCGCUCGCCGUACGUUCGCGUGCGCGCGAACGCGCGGCCACUUUAAUGUGAAAGUAAGUCUUACAGUUGACCGAAAACUGCGUGCCCGUCGUGCUCUCGUCGGCUAUCCACGACCGACGUGCCAUGCCGUAGCGUGUUGUUCCGUCCGAUCCGAUGCGAUGUGCAUACCCGUACGGCUCCAAUCGAUCGGUUCUACAGCCGUAGUCGACACGCUGUAAAAAAACAAAAAACAAAAAAAAAAAACAAAAGAGGAAAAGAUAAAAAGAAAAAGGGAGAUCCGCUCUAAUCGCUUUGCUAAUUAAUUACCGUAUCGACACGCUAGUUGACUCAUCCACGGUACACGCAAUAUUUCAAUCACGACUCCUCAACUUUCUAUUACAUUUUGUCUGACGUUGUUUCGUCACAAUCAAUCUCGAUCGUCAGCUAAUUUUUGAAGAAUUCUACCUACAGGAUAAUACGAGAGCGACAUUAACAGCGAGGCUGCGAGAAGGAAGGAAAAGAAAGAAAAGGGAGAAAAAAGGAAUAAAAAAGGAAAAAGUGAGAGAUACAUAAAAUUUCAUGCAAAGAUCGUCGUUUUUCAACCAAACAGUGAUAAGAAUUGGCUGCCUAAGCCUACAACGUUUAGUGAAGUGAAGCUAUCUCGAUUAAAUUGGAUAUCUUUCCUCAUGCAAUAACGCAAAGUUUAUAUGGCAUUUUCGUACUUUUAUUAAUUUCUUGCUUUAUAAAAGAAAGUGCAAGUGCGCAUGAAUAUUAAAACUAUCUUUCCGUUUUAAGUCUAAGAACUCUUCUAUUAAAAAUAAUAAGACAAGUAGUGAUUGUGCAACGCGGAAAAUCAUAUUCGGAUAUAUAAUAAUAAUAUUAAUAAUAAUAAUUUAUUUUUCUAUUUUUUUUUUUGAGUGAAAAUCGCUCGCGAUGCGUUGACGCAUUUUUAAAAGAUACACGUCACGUUUAUUCUAUGUAUUCAAGUUGCGUACGGAUCCGUGCAGAAAAGUUUAAGAGAUUUAGCAUAAAUCAGAUUCCUUGUAUGUAAUUAUAAUGUAUGGACGAGAGUUCAUCGUAUAAAUGAAUCUUAAUUACGGCUUCAUUUAUAUCCGUGCGGCACUAUGUGAUAAAUCAAAGUGUACGUGCAGCAAGUGAGUGUGGACCAGAAGUUAAAUGUAUAUUCACGCAUGUGACGAGGCUAAACAAAACGGAAGAAAGGAAGGAAGGAAGGAAAGUCGGAAGCGUACACGGAUUCGCGCGUAUUCCGUUUUUUUCAUCGGACUUCUCGAUAAAUCGACUUGAUUGACAUUGUAAUUAUGAAACAAACGGUGCUCGUUAUCACUUGCGUUUUGGGCUUUGUCUCAGCGGGAAGUCCUCGAUUACCUCGAACAUCCGCUGAUCAGCGUGGCACGCGUAGUGCAAGCCAUAAUAAUACCGGCGCAACGCUACAGCCGUCCUCACGCAAUUUGCAACGAAAUAGAGAGCAAUACCUUUUCAACGUCUUUGAAGUAAUAGUAUCAACUUUGGAGUCCAAGUUACAGCGAAUCGAGAAUUUAGAUAAGGCAGUGGAGCAUUUGAUGAGAAGAGUAGAGGCUUUAGAUUCACGUGUAAACGAUAAUAUUGACAAAACAGAUGCGGUCAUUACUAAACUUAGAACGUUAGAUUUGAAGCUUUUCAAUGCGUAUCCUAGCAUACCCGUGGAAGUUGCAACGAGGAUUACCGAAAGUAAGAGCGGAAGUCAUACAGAAGAUAUUCCAUUAAUACGUGUGAUUCAUCAUGAUCAAAACGAUCAAGCGCCAGAAACUCUCGGCGAAAAAUUGGUUUCUCUGGAUCAGAAAGUUUCCGAUAUCGAUCAUAAGCUUGUCAAUCUUAAGAAUCAGCUCGACAACAAUUUUUUACAAAAUGAUGAUAUAAAUGCCGAGGCGAGUGAAAAGAAGCCCGUUAGUAUGAGCGUCAUUGAGAUUACCAAGGCUAUGAGUAACGAAGUGAUGAACCAUAUGACGCUUGAGAUUGAGAAUCUUAAGCAAGCGACAGGUAAUAUGGAUCGAAAGCUUCAAUUCCAUAUGAAUUUAGUGUCGGAUAAUCUCGGAGCGGUGUACAAUAUGAUUAGUGAUGUGCACGAAGCUAUUGUCGAGAAAAAUAAUGAGAACAAUCGGCAUAAUCGUCUUAAUUUAACAACAACCGAAGCCCCGACGAAACAAAGCAAGAUCGAUCGUCUUGCGGAACAAAUGUAUCCGAUGCUUACCGUUUCUGAAAAAAUGGAUCAAGUUUGGAAUGUAGUGAUGGGAACGAAAAGUUCAGUGGACGACUUGCUGCCAAAAUCCGACGAAUUACUUACUCAGACUCAAAGGCAAGAGAGAGCGAUUAAUGAAAUUCACGCUGAUCUAAGAUCAAAAACAAACAAAAUUAUCGAAAAUCUUGAAGGCGUUGAAAGCCGCUUGAGGAAACAAGAGGAUGAUGUAGCCACUCUCGCUCAACGUCCGAUUGCGGCCGAAUUGUUAUUAGAUCCAACGAUCGAUCGGCUCGUUGAAUAUGAUCCAAGCAGAUACGUCAGCGUAGCCGAAGAUUUUGUAACGGAGAUGCCCACAUCUACGCUAUCCACUGCUUCACCGUCCUUAUCAACUACAACAUCGAUAUCAUCCGUCGCUUCACCCUCAAAUAAUCCUACUUAUAGUUCCACGACACCUAUGACUACAUCUUCGAGUACCGCGAGACCAAAUAGCAGAAAUCGAGGAGUGAUAUUCCCGAGUGUUAAAAAUAAACCGAGUUUAGCAAAUUCUACUUUUACAAGCGACAUAUUAAUUAAUUAUAAGGAUGUCAAGGGUUAUUCUUGCGUGGAUUUAUUAAACGGAGGAAUGAGAGACAGUGGGGUAUACUAUCUACAAAUACGCGGUACAACAUAUUGGUUCCUUAAAGUUUAUUGUGAACAGGAAGUUGCUGAUGGUGGCUGGACGGUUAUUCAACGAAGAGAUGAUUUCGGAGAACCAAGAGAGAAUUUUAAUAGAGAUUGGGCAGAUUACAAAAAUGGAUUUGGAGAUCCCGCUAAAGAAUUUUGGCUAGGCAAUGAAAAUAUAUAUAUGUUAACAAAUAAUGAAGAUUACAUGCUCAGAGUUGAACUUGAGGACUUCGAAGGUAACAAAAGGUAUGCGCAAUAUUCGCAUUUUAAGAUUUAUUCAGAGGGAGAGUAUUAUAAAUUGGAGAUAGAUGGGUAUGAAGGAAAUGCCGGAGAUUCAUUGAACGAUCCUUGGUACGGAUCAAACAAUAGUCCAUUUUCUACGUACAACAGGGAUAAUGACAGAUCAUCCUUGAAUUGUGCUUCAAUGCUCAAGGGUGGUUGGUGGUGGAAGUCUUGCGGACGUGGAUUAAAUGGUCUUUAUAUAAAUGAUCCACAAGAUGUUACUGCACGACAAGGUAUCGUAUGGUUCCGUUGGAGAGGUUGGGAUUAUACUCUAAAACGUGCAUUGAUGAUGAUUAAACCAAAAGGACUAGCAACAACGACAACGACAACAACGGUAUAA